AUGUCACCCGUGCUAGAGCAACCCGAUGAGCCGCAUCCUUCAACAAAAUGGGCCGAUCCGCAUCCGGACUUGGGCAUCCGUGAGUCGGAUUGGAUCGAAAAACGUCUGACCAAGGAAUUAUUACGGGACUAUGACCGCAGAGCUCGACCGGUGGUUGAUCACCUUACACCACUGGUCUGGUUGACUCCGAAUUACAGCGUCUAUCAGAUCACGGUAGAGUUUGGUCUGGAGCUAUUACAGAUACUGGAUUUGGAUGAGAUGGAUCAAGUGCUAACAACCAGUGUUCGAUCUCUUUAUAAAUGGAAAGACUACAAUUUCCUCUGGGAUCCAGCGGAUUACGAUGGUGUUCGUUUUGUUACAAUACCCAGUGAUUACAUUUGGCUUCCGGAUAUCGCAUUGUACAACUAUGCGGAUGAACGAUUGAGCGAGCGUCGAGAAUGUGAUGUGCGAAUUUAUCAUGACGGAACAGUUUUCUGGAGUCCAAUGGCCAUUUUCAAAAGCACAUGUUCCGUGGAAAUAAAAUACUUUCCAUUUGAUCGACAAAAGUGUACACUGAAAUUCGGACCCUGGAGUCACGAUGGAAAUGGUAUCAUCGAACUGGAAUUGUACGUUCGCGGUGCAAAAUGUAAGAAGUUGUUUACAGACACCGACUGAUUCCGAGUAAACAUAUCGUUUUAUUCGGACAAACGCAACCUACAAAUGACUAAUUACAUCACGAAUCCGGAAUGGGUAGUGCUUCGAUCCACGGCUAUUUUCAGCGAAAUCCGUUACGAUUGUUGUCAGGAAAGAUAUCCGGAUAUUUCGUUCCAUUUGUGGCUCAUGCGUCACUCCGCGUUCUAUACCUACAUCCUGAUUGUGCCAAGUGUCCUACUGUCCUCGUUAACUUCCGUUAUCUUUUGGCUUCCGCCCGAAUCACCAUCCAAAAUUGUGCUAGCCAUGAAUGUGUUCGUCGCAUUCCUACUGCUUCAUCUACUACUCGAAGAUACAACACCAGCCGCUGCAAGCAGUUUCCCAUUGUUGGGCGCAUACUUUUGCUUCAAUAUGGGAGUGAUAACAGUUUCAAUGUUUCUAUCGUGCAUUACUGUAAAUCUACACUUUCGAGCUGACCACACUCAAGAAAUACCUCGUUGGUUGCUGCUGGCGAAGAAAAGUUAUGAACUACCCGACGUAGCACAGGCGACCAAUGUACAAGUGCCUCCUGAAUCCACGGGGAAACAAAGUAUGUAUCAUCCCGAAGUCACUCAAUCGAAUGACUGUGUUCUUUGUUUACGCGCCCAAAACAAUUCAUUCCUGAUCAAAUCUCGUGAAUCACUUCUUCCCCUACCCACUACGGAUGGCAGUGAGGCUUUCAGUACUGUGUUUCAAUCAUUAGGUCAAAAAUGGGAGCGGGAACUCCAAUCCAAACUAUCACUUCAGGGACUGGGAGAAUAUUGUGCAAAAUGUGAUAUGGAAGCUCGAUCCCCGUCCCCGCCUUGUUUGCAUUCACCCCCGAAUCGAUUUCACAUGCGUUUGCUUGGAUCAAACAGGAUUACGCAAAAUAGUCCGGUAAAACCUCCUCCCAUAUACCGUGCCCAAUCCAUGCGAGACUCACUUAUGACAAAUCUGCCAACUCACACACGAGAAUCGCGAAAUAUGAUAAAGUUGAAAAACGAUUUGUGCCGAGUGGAAAGAGAUGUACACUACAUUACAAGCACCAUUAAACAGAUCGAGUUGGACAAACUGGAGGAAGAAAGAAAACACCGAAUUAGUGAACAAUGGCGAACAAUUUGCCUUGCAUUGGAUCGUGUGUUUUUUGUCCUCUAUCUGAUCACUCUCAUCGUGUCCAUGUGCCUGUUUCAUCCUACUGUGAUGAGCUCACUGGAGAACAACAACAAUAACAAUCUGUAA